AUGGACGGGCAAAACGAUGGAAUGUUCAUCGACCGAGCUGAAGAUGCUCGCAAGCAGGAAAUCACUGAGCAAUACCUCAAUUUCCUCGACAAUCAGUCUGAUACACACCACUAUCGGCAAAAGAUUGUAAAGAUGAUGAACGACGGAGAAAGUCGUUUGGUGAUGAAUCUUGAUGAGAUCAGAGAAGUGAUGCCAGAGAGAGCCGAAGGACUUCUGACUCAAAGUGUUCUCGAGAUGAAUUGUCUUCAAUCUGCUCUUGAGAUGGCUAUCAACCGAAGUGACGUUCAAGCUAUUGUCAAAACAGGAUUCCAUGUCGGGUUCGAAGGAACUUUCGGAGAGCGUCACGUGAAUCCUCGAACCCUGAAGUCCUCGUAUCUUGGGAACCUCGUCUGCUGCGAAGGAAUCGUCACUAAAUGCUCUACCGUCCGUCAAAAACUUCUCACAUCUGUUCACUACUGUCCAGCAACUAAUAAGGUGCUCGAGAAGAAAUUCGCUGACUUUACGAUGCUUGACACUGUUGUGACCAACAAUGCCUAUCCAACGGAAGAUGAGAACAAGAAUCCGUUGGAGACCGAAUUCGGACAUUCCGUUUACAAGGAUCAUCAAACAUUCACCAUCCAAGAACUCCCAGAGUCAGCACCAGCUGGACAAUUGCCACGUGCCGUGGAUUGUGUUGCUGAUCUUGAUUUGGCCGAUCGUGUGAAACCAGGAGAUCGUGUUCGCAUCAUUGGAAUCUUCCGUGUAUUGCCGAACAAGCAAAAUGGAGUUUCCUCGGGAUCAUUCCGGUCCAUCAUUAUUCUCAACCACAUUCAAAUGUUGUCAAAAGAAGUGAUUCCAAACUUUGAGCCUCAGGAUGUGAGGGAUGUUCGUAAGAUUUCAAAGUCAAGAGACCCAUUCGACCUUCUUGCUAGUUCAUUGGCUCCUUCAAUCUGUGGCCACGAGGAGACGAAGAAGGCGCUGUUGUGCCUUCUACUCGGUGGAAUGGAGAAGAUUCUGAACAACGGAUCACGCUUGAGAGGAGACAUCAACGUUCUUCUUAUUGGAGAUCCAUCAGUUGCCAAGUCUCAACUUCUUCGCUAUGUUCUUCGUAUGGCACCAAGAGCAAUCACCACCACUGGACGUGGAUCAUCAGGAGUCGGUCUUACCGCUGCAGUGACCACCGAUCCAGAUUCCGGAGAGCGUCGUCUCGAAGCUGGAGCUAUGGUUCUCGCUGAUCGUGGUGUUGUCUGUAUCGACGAAUUCGAUAAAAUGUCUGACAUCGACAGAACUGCCAUUCACGAAGUCAUGGAGCAAGGCCGUGUCACUAUUUCCAAGGCUGGAAUUCAUGCAAAACUUAAUGCUCGUUGCUCUGUUCUUGCCGCUGCGAACCCUGUAUAUGGCCGCUACAAUCCAUUCAAAUCUCCAAUGGAGAACAUCGGAAUGCAAGACUCCCUGCUCUCACGUUUCGAUCUUAUUUUUGUUCUUCUCGAUGAACAUGAUGCUGAUAGGGAUGCUGAUGUUGCUGGACAUGUUCUCAAACUUCACACGUACAGAACUCAAGGAGAAGCAGAUGGAACUGUUCUUCCAAUGGGUGGAGGUGUUGAAACGAUCAGUACUGUGAAUAUGGAGACUAAGAAGGCCAGCAGUUCAAUCUAUGAGGAGAACACUCAAUGGGCCGGCAUUCAGAACAAGAAGAUUCUGACAAUGGAGUUUAUGAGAAAAUACAUUCACCUCGCUAGAGCUGUUCAACCAAAGCUCACUGAUGAAACUACCGAGUACAUUUCUGAAGUCUAUGCCGACAUUCGUUCAUUCGAUAUCACCAAAACCGAUCAAGAAAGAACUAUGCCUGUUACUGCUCGUCAAUUGGAAACGUUAAUUCGUUUAUCGACUGCCAUCGCCAAAGCCAGAUUCUCGAAGAAGGUUGAGAGAGAAGAUGCAGAGAAGGCCUACAAUCUCCUUCAUUUCGCUUGCUUCAAAGAGAAGCCAAAGGCUCGUCAAGAGUAUGAAAAGAAGAAGCGAGUUCCACGUCACGAGGGUGAGGAUGAGGAUGAGCAAUCCGACGAUGAGCCAGAAGAGAUGAAUGACGAGCCAGGAUCAAGCUCCGUGCCAACCGCUGCCACUCCACGUCGUGGAGUCAGAAGACGUGCCGCUGAUGACGAUAGCCAAUCGUCGAUGAACGACACAACUGUCACUGAAAGUCAGCCAACAGCCAAGAGAGCUCGCACUGGUCCAGCUGCGAUUGGAAUCGAUCGCUAUAAGGAGUUGAAGAAAUACGUCCGUAAGGCGUUCGACGACAUCGGAAGCACUGAUGACAUGGUUGAUCUUCACAUCAUCACUGAUAGUAUUCAAACACAAGCUGGGUCGAACAAGUUCACAGAUGAUGAACUGACGGCAGGUUACGAACAACUCGAGAACGAUAAUGCUGCAAUGAUUGCUGACGACAAGAUCACUCUCAUCUAA